CAAACUGAAUAUUCGAUCGCCCGAGAACUCGUCCUUUGCUCGUUAAAAUGGUGGCAUAAAAACUAACUAACCGUUAUUAUUGUUUACAAAUGACAGCCCCAAUCCAGGAAUUGUCUUCCGCGCGAUAAUCGUAGCUUUUCCAACCGGAAGUUUUGAAAAUCUCAAUUUCCAGAUGGAGAACCCGGUUUGCAAAUGCAACUGAAAAAUCAUGGAUAAAUACGUGGUGGUAGGAAGAAUUGGCGAAGGGGCACAUGGUCUUGUUUUGAAAGGGUAUCACGUCUCGGAGGGUCGAGAAGUGGCCUUGAAAAAAGUUGCCCUUAAAAAAAUUGAUGAGGGAAUUCCUACCCAGGUUCUCAGGGAAGUUAAAACUCUGCAGGAGUUGAAACACAAAAAUGUUGCUGAACUACUUGAUGUCUUCCCAGUCGGACUGGACUUUGUAAUGGUUUUUGAAUACAUGCCAUCUGGUCUAUGGGAAAUUAUCAGAGACACUGGAAAUCCGCUCAAUGAUUCCCAAAAAAAAACCUACAUAAAAAUGCUGCUUGAAGGAGUUUCCUACAUGCAUGAAAACAACAUUAUGCACAGGGAUUUGAAACCAGCAAAUUUACUAGUAAAUCAUGAUGGUAUUUUAAAAAUUGCUGAUUUUGGUCUCGGUCGUUUGACAUGGGAGGAUAACAGUCGCUCAUAUUCCCACCAAGUGGCGACUCGUUGGUACAGGUCACCAGAACUUCUUUACGGCGCACGUUUUUAUACAAAAUCCGUCGACAUUUGGGCAGUUGGUUGUAUAUUUGGAGAAAUUUUGAACUGUGCACCUCUCUUUGCAGGUGAAACUGAUAUCGAACAACUGGCAAUAGUACUACGACUCCUCGGAUCACCCACUCCAGAAUCAUGGCCAGAGCUUACUUCGCUUCCGGAUUACAAUAAGAUAACAUUUCCCUGCCACACAGGCUUACCUUGGGAGUCAAUUGUACCGGAUGCAAAACCUGAUGCCAUAGAUCUCAUAAAACAAUUGCUGGUUUACGAUUCCUCUAAACGUUUGACGGCUCAGGUGGCAUUGCAGCAUGAAUAUUUUUAUUCCCGGCCUUAUCCAUGCCCAGAGAAAUCUCUUCCAAAACCACCGGCUGAUCAUCGAAGCAAAGUAAAGCCGGAAGAAAUUAAAGCGAACUUGAAGAGGACUGUCUUGUUUCAGAAUUUGUUGAAAAUGGUGUGAAGUCUUCUCAGACUACCAUUAUCUUUGUAACGAAUAACAAAAAAAAAAGGAGAAAGUAAGUUUUCCAACUUAAAAUCUGAAAAUGAUUGAAUAAAUGACAUUUGAACGUACAACACUUGAUAAAUUGUAAUAUAUAAAUGAUCAGCAUUUUAUUUAUUACUAUAUUAGGUAAUUUUUAAAUUUGUUAUUGUACAGUAUAGUAGCCUAGUGAUUAUGUGUGGAUCUUACGAAAAUGGUCAUGUAGUCGUCGACGAGCAUUUGUUUGAUUUUUUUCAUCAUAAUGUUGAAAUUCCACUGUUAAAAUAUCGAUGAUUGACAAAAUCAGUUCAAGUUUGAUAACAAAAUUAUUAAACCACUAAAUCUAAUAGCAAAAUAACCGUUGGUAAAAUUAUAAGUUAUUUGAAUGAAUUAGGUACACAGAUACAAUAUAAUCAAUAAUUAAUAACAACGUAUUAACAAAUGAUCGUACCACAUGACCAUCAGCGUUGACGUUGUUUCCAUUUUCCAUUUUUGCCGUUUACUUUUAUUUAUUUAUUUAUUUUUAUAGUUUAUUAAUUUUUCUUCCUUUAUUCUGUAUUCUGCGUUAUUGUAAUUUGUCAAAAAUAUAUUGUUUAAUUUAGCCUGCCCUAUUGUUGGUUUUCUUUGUGCUGCAGCGAUAUCAUCAGCCAAAAGAACAGUUCAUUUACUUUUCGCUUUUUUUCUCAUCUUUACGUUUUUACUUCUUUUUCUUUUUCUUUUGGAAAGUACAUAAAAUUGACAGAUACCACUAAUUCUAAAUUAGAAACUACAAUGCGUCUAAUAGUUCAUGGAAUAAAAGUUUACUUGAGCUUAUAUUUAUAAUAAACAACGAAACCAACAACAGGGUCAGUUUUUAUAGCAUAUAAAUAUUCAACUGUUAUUUUAUUUAUUUUAUUAUUUUUUUCUUUUGCUUUUUUCAUUUAUUUAUUCUUAUUUUUCUCUUCCACUCUUUUUCCCUUCUUU